AUGGAACAACAUAUAGAUAAAAACUGGAUUUUGAAAGACAGGGAUACAUUGGAUUAUGAAAUCGGGGUCGAAAAGUUUUUAAUGUAUGCAGAGGAACAUUGUGAAAACCCAAAGAGUAUACCUUGCCCAUGUGCACGUUGCGUGAAUUUUAAAAAAUUCUCUGUGAAAAUAGUUAGGGGUCAUAUCUAUGAAAAUGGUUUUAGUCAUGGAUAUGUUGAAUGGAUUUGGCAUGGAGAGAAUUCUUCUAGGACUAGCAGGCCAUCUAGUAAAUGCCCUAGUACUGACCCCGAGUUCAAAGCUACAUGUGAAACCUUAGGUGUUUGUGAAGCCGCAUAUAAGUCAGGGGAUUAUGAUAAUGAUUCCGAGGAUUUCAGGAUGUUUGUGGCUGAUGCUGAGAAACCAUUAUUCGAGGGCAGCGAAUCAACCAAAUUAGAAACAAUUUUGAAGUUACAAAAUUGGAAAUCUAGGUUUGGUAUUAGUGAUAGUGCCUUCACUGAUCUGUUAUCUUCAAUAGGGUCAUUUCUUCCUCAAGAUCAUGUAUUGCCAGUCAAUACAUAUGAAGCAAAAAAAUCCUUAUCUGAUUUAGGGCUCGAGUACAUCAAAAUUCAUUCUUGUCCGAAUGAUUGUGUGCUAUACAGGGGUAUAAAUGCAGAUGCCUCUAGAUGCCCAAAAUGUAAACUAUCUCGUUGGAAGGUGGGGAAAGAUGGUAAAUGUAGGGUUAAUAUUCCGGCCAAAGUUAUGUGGUAUUUCCCAAUAAUACCUAGAUUUAAACGGAUGUUUAAAUCUCAGUCAACUGCUGAGCAGAUGACUUGGCAUGCGAACCAACGAACAAAGGAUGGCAAGAUGCGUCAUCCGGCAGAUUCUCCUUCAUGGACAAAUAUCGAUUAUAGGUGGCCAGAAUUCGGUACCGAAGCAAGAAACAUUCGUUUGGCUUUGGCGGCUGAUGGUAUAAACCCUCAUAACAAUGGCCUCACCAAUAGGUAUACUUGUUGGCCCGUAGUGUUAGUAACUUACAAUUUACCUCCUUGGUUAUGCAUGAAGAGGAAAUUUUUGAUGUUAACAACUUUGGUUUCUGGUUCGCAUGAGCCUGGUAACAACCUUGAUGUAUAUUUACAACCAAUGAUUGAAGAUUUGAAGAAGCUUUGGGAAGAAGGUGAACCAAAUGUAUAUGACGCUGCCACCAAAUCUUAUUUUACUUUAAAAGCAAUUUUAAUGUGGACGAUAAACGACUUUCCUGCAUACGGGAACUUGUCUGGGUGCGUCAACAAGGGUUAUUUGGCUUGUCCUGUAUGUGCUGAUGAUACUGUGGCUAAAUAUUUGCCUCAUAGUAGGAAAAUGUGCUACCAAGGUCAUCGAAGGUAUUUGGGUUUGUAUCAUCCUUAUCGAAGGCAAAAGGCUGCUUUCAAUGGAGAACAGGAGCUUGGGACAGCACGUCAACCGCUUUCUGGGGAAGAAGUGUUGGCUCGACAAGAACAAAUUACAUUUUCUUUCGGAAAAGAAUUGAAGAAGUUUAAAAAGGUGGACUGUCCAUGGAAAAAGAAGUCGAUUUUUUUCGAGUUGGAAUAUUGGAAAUUUCACCAUGUUCGUCACUGUCUCGAUGUUAUGCACAUUGAGAAAAAUGUAUGUGACAAUCUGAUUGGGACAUUACUAAAUAUGCGAUUUAAGUCAAAAGACAGCGUCGCGUCCCGUCUUGAUAUGAUUGACAUGGGUGUUAGGACUGAUCUAGCUCCACAAGUUGGAGAAAAGAAAACUUACCUACCCCCAUCUGCUUUUACCCUGUCCAAGGCAUAA